AUGGCUGUGCAGGUGCAGCUAAUGUUUCAAGUCAUGAUGCUGUUGCUGUGGUUAUUUAAUUUUCCAUCUGUUAUAGUAGAAGCACAGCCUAUAGCAAAGGCUGGUUGUCAUGAUCAGCACUGUGGGAGAGUCAAGAUUCCAUAUCCAUUUGGAAUGGAUUCCAGUUGCUACUUAGAAAAGAGUUACAAAAUAGAUUGCAACUCUGGCAGGCCCACAAUCCACGUAAAUGGCACCAAUCUGGAGGUGACAGAAAUUUCAGUUGGAGUGGCCAGAAAUACCAUUCGCGUCAAUUUACCAAUCAUCUUCGAAAAUUGCAACAGUAGAAGGAAAUCCAAUGAUGAAGUCGUUGUUGAUUUCGUUGUUCAUUUGGGAGGAAGUCCUUUUGCUUUCUCUGGAACUGAAAAUAGCUUCGUUGCAGUGGGUUGUAAUAACUUGGCGUUACUGGCAAAAAAUGAAACAAUUUAUGCUGGCGGAUGUCUGUCAAUUUGCGAUGGAAACGGAAAGGUUGCCUCUACAGCCAAAUCUAGUUGCAAUGGCGUCAACUGCUGCCAGACCACAAUCCCUUCAAAUCUUAAGUUUUUUGGAACAUCCUUUAUUCCAUUUUCGCCAGAAAUGGUAGACGACAAAGGGGACAAAGGCAACACAUGCAAGUAUGCCUAUUUAGUCGAACAAAAUUGGCUUCUUGAUAGGCUCUAUCACAAUAGCCUUGGAAAGCCCUACUACUCUGUGACGGAUAGGAAGACUGUUCCUGCUGUGCUCAAUUGGUCAAUUGAUUCAAGAUUACGUUCUCGACUUCCUGUGAUUAACGAUUCGAGAUAUAAAUUGUCUUCUUGUAAUGAUACCCCUUUAACGUUAUCAGAUGACACAAACCAGACAAUCACUCAAUGUUUCUGCCUUCAUGGCUUUCGAGGCAACCCCUACGUUUCUUACGGAUGCGACGAUGUCAAUGAAUGCGAGGAACACACCCAUGAUUGCUACCGCAAGGCCCUCGAAUGCAAAAACACCUAUGGUUCCUACGAAUGUGUGAUGCCUGAACACAACAAAUCUCGGGGUAAAAUGGUGGUUUCCGGUACGUGGAUUUGCGCCCUAUAA